UGUGCUGAGUGUGUAAUGGAGGCUGAGUAACCGUGGGGGAGAUAAAGGCCGUUUGUCCUUGGCUGAGCCCGUCUCUGUCUGUCUGUUUGUGUGUGAGUGAGCGAACCAGCAGGAGGGAAGGCUGCUUAUUUAUUUAUUUUUUUUUCGGAAGAUUUUCGUCUUGUUCAAAAAUAAGAAAAAAAAGCAAAGCUAGGAAAAUGGAGAUGAAGAAAAGGAUCAAACUGGAGCUGAGAAACAGGAGCCCAGGCGAGGUUGCAGAGCUAGUAAUCGACAACUGUCGCAGCAACGAAGGGGAGAUUGAUGGCUUUGAUGAUGGAUUCAAGGAGCUGGAAUAUCUCAGUAUGAUCAAUGUGGGACUGAAGUCUCUGGCCAAACUCCCAAACCUGCAUAAACUCUUGAAGUUGGAGCUCAGUGAUAACUCCAUCUCAGAAGGACUGGAAUUACUAACAGAGAAAUGUCCCAACCUUGUGUACCUCAACCUCAGCAGCAAUAAAAUCAAAGACUACAGCACAGUUGAGCCUCUGAAAAACCUGACUCAUUUAAAGAGCUUGGACCUGUAUAACUGUGACAUCUCCAAUCCCAGUGACUACAGGGAGAGCAUCUUCAAGCUUCUCCCUCACAUUACUUACUUGGAUGGCUUUGAUCGAGAUGACCAAGAGGCCCCAGAGUCUGAUGAAGAGGGUGAGGAUGAUGAAGAUGAAGCUGGUGCUGCUGAAGAAUAUUAUGAUGACGAACUUGAUGAUGAGGAAGAGGAGGAGGAAGAGGAUGGUGAGCCACCAGGGGAGGUUGGACUGUCUUAUCUACUGAAAGAAGAAAUUCAGGAUGAUGACGAUGAUGAUGACUAUGUUCAUGAAGGAGAGGAAGAAGAGGCAGAUGAGCAAGAAGAUGCUGCCACUCAAGGACAGAAGCGAAAACGAGAGGCAGAAGAUGAAGGCGAGGAUGAUGAGUAGUUCCCUUCAACUGUGACCAAACUCAUGUUUCAUCACGAUACGACUUUGUUGCAUUCUUGCUAUUCUUUAGAUGGUAACUGUCACAAUGGGAGUUGAAGGGGGAGGGAGAUGGUGGGAGGCAGGAGGAGGAAAGGACAAGAAAUAGGGGAGUGUCCUGGGACGGGAAAUAUUUUGUACUUUUUAAAACCAUUCCAGUUUUACUGGCAGUGUUCUAGAUGCAUUUCUGUAGCCCUUUUUCCUUUUAAUAAUUCCUUUCCAUGAGAAUCUGAUUUGUACUUGAACUAAGUGCAUGCAGGGAUCUCUUUGAAAAUUUUGAACUAGUUUAUUUCCUGUGAUGUUGCAGAUGGGUUUUGAAGCUGGUUUAAAAAGGGGAGGGCAGGAAUGGACCAGAAAAAUAUUCUAUAUUGGCUGAUUUCUGUUUCUCAAAUUUGUGUCCAAACUUAUGUAAGCUUGUCAUACUGUAAUUACAUUUCCAUGUCAGUGGAGGCACUGCAGCCCCAUUGUUGAUAUUAUUUAUAGCAUGAUGAGCCUGCAUGGGAAACUUUCAGUAAUAUUUGGACAUAUAAAUUUCCCAUCAAUUCCUAAUGAAGGUGCACUCAGUUUUUAACCCUGUCUGAAACUACUUUUUCCCCUUGUGUACAUUUACCUUAAUCUUGAUUCUCACGUUCUGUUGCGAGGUUUUUGUUACUGAGAUGCCCUCUCUUAGGAGAACUAACAAUUGUUUUCUAGAGUCGGUUGAAAUUGGGUCAAGGGAUGAAAAGAGGAUGUUGCCAGGAAUUAAUCCGUCGUAAUUCAAAAGCACCAUAAUUCUAAAGAAGCUUUUUGAGCGGAAUGUGGUGAAGACUCUCCAUUUGUCCUGAUUCUGAGGCCAACUCAACAGAUGAGUAUUAGACCAAACCAUUCUGUUGGUGCCUGUACAAGAUCCCUCCAUAAACGUUUUCCUGCUGGCUGAUGUUUAAAAUGUUUUGUUAUUCCUUCGGGCCCCUGAUUUAGUCUGAACUAGAGAUGAACACAUGGAGUUUUUGUUAGGGGGUAAGGGCACUAGAAUCGGACAGCUGACUGUAUAGAUUGCAAUUUGUGCUAGGAUCAUAACAAUAAGUUCAGUGUUGAGAAAUCUACUGUGUGCUACACUUUAAUCUGGUGACUCAAUUUAAUUUGUUUUUGAAGGAAUUUUUACGAUCAUGCCAUGUUAGAGCUGGGAGCAUCUCACCCUGUCUUGAGGAUAGGGGGAGGACUUUAGAACAUAUCUUUUAUACUGUGUUCCAACAUUCAACUAAAUUAUUUUAAUGGAACUGGAUUUUACAAUGGGCUAAGAUGUUAGGUACAGCUGGGUGUAAUUUGAGUGUUUUCUAAUGUAGAUAACUGGCACCAAUGCUGGCAUCUCCCUUCAACUCCCAUCAGUAAAAUGCAUUUUAACUAUAAAACCAUUGCUGAGAAUUCUUUCAUAGAUGCAGACAGUUAUUCACUUGUAGGGGUGGGUUUUGUAUUUGUAGAUCUUGUGGUUUUUAGCAAUACCUAUGAAUAAGCACUUUCAGAAUUUGUUUUUAAGAUUGAUAAAUUUCAGAGUUAAAAUCUGAUCAAGAAAAGCUGUGGCUUGGGACAAAAGCAAAAUAAUGUGGAUACUGGAAAUCUGAAAUAAAAACAGAACCUGCUGAAAAUACUCAGCAGAUAUGGCAGUGUCUGUGGACAGAGAAACUGGAGUAAGUUUCAGAUCGGAGGCUUUUAAACCACAAGUGGGAAUUAUGUGGUCUUAAGAUUUGGUACUUGAAUUUUGUUCUCUCCCUACAGACGGCUCACUGGGGGAGCACUGAGGUAGGUAGUCUGGACACUCUCUACUUUUUUAUGCAUCACCCUAAUUAGCAAAUGAAGGAUGUGACCUCUCUCAGCUUUCUUUCUAUUUUAAUCUCUGGUCUAGUUUAUCUAGUGGUCCCUUUUGAUGGGGAGUGCAGGUUUUAUUCAGUACCUCCUCUCAUGUCAAUCCAGUGAACAGUUCUGUCUUUGUAACCAUUUCCUUUUCCCACUCUCUCCAUAAAUAAAUUCUGAUAGUGCUUCAACUGUAACACUCCCGUUUUUAAAAAAAGACAACUUGUAAAUAGUCUGUUUGGUCUGCUUUUUAAAAAAAAAAAGUCCCUUUUUUGUGUUUAAGUUGUAUUUGAAAUAGUUUUUUAUUUUUGGGUUUAGAAUAUACUGUAUUUGGAUGAAGCCAUGGUAGGAUUUUUAAAUUUGGAACAACGAAUUUGGAGCAUCGUUUUGCUUCAGCAUAUAUCUGAACCAGAGCAGUUACACUGCAGUGGUCUGUGAAUGUUUCCCAAGUUGCUUUUUUUCUAGGGAUAUUCCCAGGACAUGCACGCUGCUAUGUUAACACUUUAGUUCCCCUUUCACGCUGAUAUCAAAAUUCUCUUCUCAAUUGUAACUAACACGAACAACAUAGUGUGAAACUCUUUUUAGUAUGCGCAGAUUUGUUCUGAAUUUGAUUUAUCGUUCCUCCCGUUUUUCGCUCUUCCCCACCCCCAAACAUAACUAGUUGACCCUAUUUUAAUUAUUGGGGAUGGAAGGGGUUAUUUUAGCCAUUGAUAAGGCCUCCUGGGAACAGCUCUGGGUUUGUUUUGUGCUGUAAACUUAAUGCCGGUUUUUAUAAAUUUAAAGUUGCACACAAUAAAGUUCCAAAAGUUUAAACAAAA